AGCGUGUGGUUUGUUUUCGCGGUCGAGCGACAUUAAAAAUAUUAAUCAAUAACAAUGCGUAGUAUUUCAAAGAAUAUACUGCUAACUGUGUGUUUAAUACUAUAUUCCUGGUCUGCCGAUGCGGAUACACAGCCACAGUGCGUAUUGGGACAGUUUCAAUGCAGCAGUGGAGCCUGCAUAGCAGCAGAACAGAAGUGUGACGGCUUCAGGAAUUGCGAGGAUGGCAGUGAUGAGACCUUUUUGCAGUGCUACAAACAACCGUGCAACAGAUUCCGCUGCUCCUAUGGCGGUUGCAUCGACAAAAGCGCCAAAUGUAACGGCAUACAGAACUGCUGGGACAAUUCGGAUGAGACUAAGCUCGAGUGUGGCAACGAGACCCAACAUGCGGAAUAUGUUAGGGAAUUAAGGGGCAGUUGCGACAGUAACCAAUACUACCAAUGUCGUCACUCUACCAAGUGUCUGUCGAUGAAUGAAAUCUGCGAUGGAACGGCCCAUUGUGAGGAUGGUAGCGACGAGUCCCUGGAGCUGUGUGCCGGCUCUAUUUGUCCAGAGUACGCCUUUCGAUGUGCCUAUGGCGGCUGUGUGGGUGGCCAGAGUCUCUGCGACCAUGUGAUAGACUGUGCCGAUGGUAGCGAUGAAAUGGAACAGAUUUGUCUUCAAUUGCACAAAGAACAGUGGCCGAAGAAUACGCCUUGGACCGCAGCCUGGAAGUAUUCAAAGAAGCCACAAACAGCAACUGUUCCUCCUUUCCACCAGAACAGAGAACAUGCUUGGCCCGAUUGUGGACAGAGGUGUAGUCGUCAGUUCAUCGCACGCGAUGUUUCACGCACGACAAGCUGCAGCCACAAUGGACGCGAAUUCGAUUGUCUGAUUGACAUGAUUCCUUUGUUGCCCGGCACCAAAUUGAAGCUAAGAUGUGCGGAGGGUUACGUAUCGGAAACGAAUCCGGCAACUGGACUCCUAGUUUGCGACAGCAACGGUAAUUGGCAGUGGGAAGACGAAACCACUCUGCAGUGCUCGCCCGAUUGUGGACGCAUUGCACGCACUCAAGAGGACAGUGGCCAGCAGCCCUGGAUGGUUAGCAUAUUCCACGAAACAAGCACCCAGAACUUCAACUUUCGUUGUCUGGGCGUCAUUGUUGCUCCUCGUAUUGUGCUCACCACAGAGCGCUGCUUUUCGACUGGGGUGCAUGGAUUAGCUGCCAAUGACCAUACGAGCUAUACCAUCGCCCAGGGGCACCAUGAAAUUGAAUUUGUCCGCGAACAACCCCAUGGAUAUAUACUGCACAACAUCUCGCAGAUUCAAUAUCUGACAUCCAAAUUACACAGCACUACGGACCAAGCGCUGGUCCUGCUUAUACUUGUGCGUCCUUUAAGGUUUUCGGCAACAGUUCGACCUAUUUGCUUAAAGGAUCUGAGUGCAGGUGUUCCAGGCGUAAGUCCUGUGGAACGCGGUGCAUUUAGACAAGGACAACCAGUGAUCUCAUGGCAUGGAAAAAGAGCUCACCUGACACAUAUCGUAGGUUCCACGGCUGAUGGAAAUAAGAAUAAGUUAUAUUUACAGCCCUUCCUAAGUGACAUACGGAAACGAAUCAGAGAAGAGGAAGAGAGAUCGCAACGACUGAAUUAAUAUUCUAGUGUAAAUAUUUAUAUUUUUAUGAUAACGUCUAUAUAAUCAUUAAAUAUAUGUCUUAAAAAGA